AACAGUCCUUCAGAAGUUAAUAUACGUUAAAUGAGUUCCCAAUCAAGGAAACUUUAUAAUUAAGUUUUCAAAACAGACAUUGUCACUAUUUAUGGUAAUCUCUAUUUUAUAUAUCUUAUUUUGAAAAAUGUUAUCAAGACUCAGAGGGUUUGUAAGCCGUCAUAGGCGAAAGUUUAUAGUGGGAAGUAUUGUUAUUGGUAGUGUUAUUUUCGUAAGAUACACGCAACGUAAGCUACGAGAAUGGCAAGAAAAGGAGAUCAGAGAUAUGCUUGAAAAAACAAAAAGACAGCAGCACUUUGAAUGUAUAGAAAGAACAUGCAGUCAGAUGAUAAUGUCACUUACAUCGACUCUAAGAGAAACUGUAAUAAAGGUUUUAGACACUGAUGCUAUUGUAAAUAAACUCAGAAAUGGCUGUACUGACAAAGUAGCAUGUUGGAAUGAAUUGAAAGUUUUAGCAAUUGCCAGAUCAGCUGUUAUAAUAUAUUCAUACACAAUGGCAGCUACUUUAAUAAGAAUUCAAGUUAAUAUAAUGGGUGGUCACAUGUACAAGAAUAUUCAGAACUCCAGUGAUGCAACUACAGAAAACAUUAUGAAAAUAAAAUAUAUGUCCCUUUCAAGUCAGUUUAGGCACAACGGAAUAAAGAAAUUAAGUUCACUUAUUAAGGAUAAGGUUUUAGAAAUAACAGCUUCGAUUUCAUUAAAAGAUGAAUUAACUCUAAGGAAUAUAGAAGAAAUAUAUUGGGCCAUAACAUCAUCUAUAUCUACAGACAGUUCAAGGGAUCCAGUGAAAAAUCUUACAGAAUACAUGUUACAGACAGAAUGUGACGGAGAAGAGGAACCUAUGUUAUUGAAAUUAAUUAAUGAGACUCUAGAUCUUCUAGAAAGUGAAGAAGUACAAAACAUAACACAAAGUAAUAUUAGAAGUGGAUUCAGUUUAUUAGUAGAUCACAUGUCUGCAUUUUUCACUGGUCCUCCUACAAUGGAAAAUGGCAAACCCUCGAAUGGUAUUUCAGUACCAGGUACAUCAAAUCAGAAUCAUGUGAAUUGGGACGAAAAAAACAAUACAGAAUCGAAUUACAAUACAAAUACGUUUUUUAACAUCAAUAAGGUGGCAAUGCCUAUGGCUAAAAUAAUACCAAUCAUAAAUGGACAAGUACCAGAUAAACCAGUACCAAAAGAUUUUCAGACAGACUUACUGCAACAGUUAGUAAUAAAUAACGAACUUAAAACACUUGGUGCAAAUAUUUAUGAAGCAUUUAGUUUUUGAAUUUAAAAAUGUAAUUAUUUCAACUGUACACAACACCACAUGGCAUUAUACAAACAUUAUUCCAGAAGAAACUGAAAUUGUUAAUCUACUCAAAUAUGAACACAUAGUUUUACACUUUUCAAAA